UGUCCCUCACAUUCUCCUCUCUUCUUUCCACAAAUUUUAAAUUUCUCAAACUUUCCAACAAAAAUUUACAGAGAUCAACAAUGGAGGCAUUGAAGAUGAGACUGUUCUUGGCCCUUGUGGUUGUCUUAAUGGCGGUUUCUGCCAUCCAAAAUGUUUCCGCUGCUAAUGCCCCUGCACCUGCUCCUACCUCCGAUGCCACCACCUUCGUCCCUGCCAUGUUUGCUUCUCUCUUUGCUCUAGCAUUUGGCCUCCUUUUCUAAAUGGAAUUACUUUUCUUUAUACCAACAUUUUUUUGAUCUUAUCUUGGUUGGUUUGUUGUAAAGUUCAUUUCGCUGGAGCUCUAUUCAUUUUCCCCAAUUGGAAUUACUGGAGGUAUGAAUUUAGGAUGGGGAUGACGAAGCAUUGAGAAUUUCAGUUUCACAUUUUCUCCUCAUCUUGUUGUCACCAUUUGCCCAUUUAUUAUUGAUAAUUUUAUUCUCAUCACCCUUUCUUGUGUAAUUGAUGUGAUAUGUUUGGUUCUAACUAAUGAUCCAUUUGUUAUUUUA